AUGGCUCCCCCCGCCAUCAUUGCUCCCUCCAUUCUCAGCGCCAACUUCGCAAAUCUCGGCCAUGACUGCUCCAAGAAGAUGGAGCAAGGCGCCGACUGGCUCCAUGUCGACAUCAUGGACGGCCACUUCGUUCCAAACAUGACCAUCGGAUGUCCCGUCGUUUCUCAAAUUCGCGGCUGCGUCGACCGCCCGCUGGAGCCUUGUGCUCGUGGUACUUUCGACUGCCACAUGAUGAUCAUGGAGCCUCACAAAUGGGUGAAGGAGUUCCAGAAAGCCGGUUGCGAUCUUUACUGCUUCCAUUAUGAAGCUGCUGUUUCUUCCGUUGCUGCUACCGAUCCUACUGAUAAGGAGACUACUCAACGUACCUCGCCACGUCAAUUGAUCAAGUAUAUUCAUGAGCAGGGUAUGCAGGCUGGUAUUGCGAUUAAGCCUGAUACGCCUGUUGAUGUUCUCUGGGAUAUUUUGGAUAGUCCCGAUCUUGCUGAGCGACCCGAGAUGGUCCUCGUCAUGACAGUUCACCCCGGCUUCGGCGGCCAGAAGUUCAUGGCGUCUGAACUCCCGAAGGUCACAGCCCUGCGCGCACGUUACCCGGAUCUGAACAUUGAGGUUGAUGGUGGUCUUGGUCUUGGAACGAUUGACCAGGCUGCCGAGGCGGGCGCCAAUGUUAUUGUGGCGGGGUCUGCGAUCUUCGGCGCACAGGAUCCAGCGGAUGUUAUUGCGAAGUUGAGAGAGGCUGUUCAGAAGCGGAGAGGCCUUGAGGCUGGUUCUACUUCUUCCUGA